CUUAAACCACAGGGGGUGGUAGAUCACCCCCCCGUGUCUCUGCUACUGUAUGAACGCCAAUAGCAGGACGGAUGAGCAGAUAUUCAGCACAAGACCUUAUUUACUGUAAACACUUGUAGUCAGUGCGUGAGAACAGAGAGAGAGAGAGAGAGAGAGAGAGAGAAAAGAGAAAAGAGAGACAUUUUUAUUGUUGUGCUUUUUAAUGGCUCGUUGCUUUUGAACCUGUUCGAGGACAGUGCGAUGACGUCACACCAACCCGGAAAUAGCAGUUAGACAGCUAAGUGAGAGAGAGAGAAGUAAAUCACACUUCCCGGAUCUUAGGCGUCGGAAUUGGGCUUUUAAACGUUUCUACCACAUUUAUACGUCAAGAUUGUAAGGUGAAGAUCCUGUAAUGAUAGACCUGUGAUUGAAAGAAAAUUACUACGUCAUCAAACGGGGCUCAUGCAGAAAACAGGGAUGCAUAAACCGAAACAUUCUUCAAAUAGAGUUUGAGUGUGAGUUGCAGUGCAGGACUGCGACCUUGGCCAAGUGCCUGGGUGGCUCUUCCUCCCCUCACCUUCCUCUGCUCAUCUGCUGGUACCUGUCAUGGGGAACCUCCUAAAAGUUUUGACGUGUACAGACCUUGAUGAAGAGCCCAACUUCUUCCUCGAUUUUGAAAAUGCACAGCCCACAGAUGCAGAGCGAGAGACAUGGAAACAAGUGGAUGUGGUCCUGAAGGAUGCCCGAGCAGUUCUGGAUGAACUUCAGGCCUAUAAUGGAGCUGGGAAAGAGAUAAGAGAGGCAAUCCAGAACCCCAAUGAUGAGGCAUUGCAGGACCAGGCUUGGGCUGCUGUCGUGCCCCUUGUGGGCAAACUCAAAAAGUUCUAUGAGUUUUCCCUGAGAUUAGAAGCAGCACUGCACAGCCUGUUAAGAGCCCUGACCAACGAGACGUAUAGUGACGCCACACAGCACCUGGAGCGCGAACAGGCCCUUGCCAGGCAGUUCGCUGAGAUCCUGCAUUUCACACUCCGCUUUGACGAGUUGAAGAUGACAAAUCCAGCCAUCCAGAAUGACUUCAGUUACUACAGGAGGACUCUGAAUCGCAUGAGAAUUAAUAAUGUCCCAGCAGAAGGAGAAAACGAGGUCAACAACGAGCUAGCCAAUAGAAUAUCUCUAUUUUAUGCAGAUGCCACACCCAUGCUGAAGACUUUGAGUGAUGGCACGACAAAGUUUGUAUCUGAGAACAAGAACUUGCCUAUUGAGAACACGACAGAUGUGUUGAGCACCAUGGCAAGUGUGUGUAAAGUCAUGCUGGAGACGCCCGAGUACCGUAGCCGUUUCAGCAGCGAGGCCACCGUGUCAUUCUGUUUGCGCGUUAUGGUGGGCGUCAUCAUCCUCUAUGACUAUGUACAUCCUGUUGGUGCUUUCGCCAAGUCCUCCAAAAUAGACAUGAAAGGAUGCAUUAAAGUUCUCAGAGAUCAGCCUCCAAACAGUGUGGAAGGCUUAUUAAAUGCUCUCAGGUACACGACGAAGCAUCUGAAUGACGAAUCUACUGCGAAGACCAUUAAAAGCAUGCUGCAGUAAGCAGCAGCUCGGGGAUACACACCACUGGCCUCACACAAGUGUUCAGGGGACACACUCCAUCCCCAACAACAUCGAUGCACAGAAUGUUUCCCCCCCCCCUUCUUUUUUUUUCUAAAGUCAAAAUCAGACAUACCAGUAGGACUCUUAACUCUUUUUUAAAAGUGCAUGCUAUUGGCAUUUGGUGUUUCUUUUUGUGCCAAAUCACUUUUUGCUGAAAUCUUGGUUUUAACACAUCCAGUACAGCCAUACUAUUGAUGGCAGCUACAUUAUGGAAAACAAAUAAAUAAAUAAAAAAUAUUAUUUUUGUGAUUAAUAGGUUAAUAUUGCUUGUUUCCCUAUAAAAGGGAGGGGGAGUGUUUUUGACUUGAAAAAAAUAUACAGUAUAUUGACAGAGAAAUAUAAAUAUAUAUUUUAUUUUGUUUGAAUGAAUAUUUAAUAUCAUGUCCUCUGCAUGGCAUAAUGUUGUAUUUAAGGAAGAAAAACAACAACAACAACAACAACAACUAGUGUUUCAAAAUUGUCUGACUGCUUGGUUGUGUGCAAGUUCCAAAAAGUGAAUUUAAAUUAUGUUUUGAUAUUGAAAUGGUACUAGUCAAAACUGUUUUCAAAUGCUAGUAAUGUUUAAAUUUUAUAUUUUUUAUAGGUUUUGAUUUAUGUUUUUUUUUUUCAUAGCUGUUUGUUUUUUGUUUUUCUGCUUUGAAAAUUAGCUUCAAUAUUUCUGGUGAAUUAAAAUCAGUUUUGAUGUAUGAUGACAUGAAAUGUGAUGUUUUAAAAAAACAAUUAAAAGAUGCUUUCAUUUUUGUAACGAUUGAUUUUAUUUAGAGAUUUUUUCCCAGUGUUCUUCUCCCCGCUUUGUUUGGUUUGACCUCUUGACAUGUGUUAGACUUCCAACAUUCAUUUGCACCAAACAUAAAACAACAUAUUUGGUAUUUAUUCCGAAACAUUAUUUUAAUUAGUGGCUUGGUGUGUGUUUUUGCAAAUGAAUAUACUUUAAAUGAACUUUUUUUUUUUAGAAAUUGUUUUUGUAAAGAGUAGGCAGUUUAUGAAAAAUCUUUUAGACUUUUUUCAGUUUUAUGGCCAAAUAUGUGGUUAUACUGCAGUGUACAUUGUCUGGUGUGUGCAAGUGACAUAUUUUAAAACUUGCUGUAAUUGAUAACCCUGAACGACAUCAAACUAGUAUUGAAAAACAAACUUUAUUCAGUAUUUCUCUUAAAAUGCAUCAUCUGUUUACAUAAUGUUGGAGACAGUUGGUAUCCAGUUUCUGCCAUCUUGAAGCUGACCCCAACAACUCCAAGCAUCUAUCUAUCUACCUACCUACCUAUCUAUCUAUCUAUCUAUCUAUCUAUCUACUUGUAUACUGGAGUACUUAUGCCAUUUUACUAGAUGUAUUAGCUUAUCACUGCAUCCAUAAGAUAGGCACCAUCUCACUAUUUCAGGCUA